UAUCGAACCAAAGAUGCCUCCUCUCUUUGUAACAAACUAAAAAGUCAAUCACAUCUUUGAGAAACAAUUUUCCUUCCUUCAGUAUACAUCCAAUGGAAACCCCUGAAAGUCAUAUUCAAGAGAGUGUAUCAACUAUAGAUGUCCACGCUGCUAAGAAUCUCCUUGAUUCAUCUGGCUUCCGUUAUCUUGAUGUGAGGACAGUUGAGGAGUACAACAAAAGUCAUGUUGAGAACGCUAUCAACAUUCCCUACUUGUUCAAAACACCCGAAGGCAGGCUAAAAAACCCAGAAUUUCUAGACCAGGUCUCGGCAGUUUGUACCAAGGAUGAUCAACUAGUCGUGGCUUGCAACAGCGGAGGUAGAUCAUUUAUGGCAUGUACUGAUCUUCUUCAAGCUGGAUAUGCGAAUGUGAAGAACAUGGACGGGGGUUAUUCAGCGUGGGUUGAUAAUGGACUAGCAGGAAAUGACAAACCAGCCGAAGAGAUGAAAACUGUUUGCAAAUUUCGUCCAUCAGUUUGAAAAAUAAUCAGCAAUUUGCAACUUUGAAAACUAUUUAUUGUUGUUGAAUAAUGAUGGAGUUUGGCUGUAUCAUCAUCAUAAUGCAAUUAUAUUAAUGUAUGUUGUACUCAUCGUCAUUUAUUUACCAUUAAACUUCCAUAUGGGCUGGCUCAGUGGCUUAGCUGUUGCACCCAAGGGCUGACAUUUUAAUACUCGGGUUUGUGAAUGAUUUUGAUUUUGAUUUCUUGAAAGUUAAUAUUAUGAAGCAUUUGAAGUA